AUGUCGACCUUAGCUGCUUCGUUGGUCAAUGGGGUUGGUCUGAAACCAGAAAGGGCGUUUCUUUGCCAGCCCACUUCGUUUCCUUCCUCGAGAACCCAGAUUCUAUUGAGGGGUAUUUUGGUAGUGAAGCUUCUCAUGGAAAGGAAAACUCAUGGUGUUGUCAAGGCCUCGUCUCGGGUUGAUAAGUUCUCGAAAAGCGAUAUCAUUGUUUCUCCAUCGAUUCUAUCUGCCAACUUCUCCAAAUUGGGCGAGCAGGUAAAAGCGGUAGAGUUAGCAGGUUGUGAUUGGAUUCAUGUUGAUGUGAUGGACGGUCGUUUUGUUCCCAACAUUACAAUUGGACCGCUUGUGGUUGACGCCUUGCGCCCUGUGACGGAUCUUCCAUUGGAUGUUCAUCUUAUGAUAGUAGAACCUGAACAGAGAGUGCCAGAUUUCAUCAAAGCGGGUGCUGAUAUAGUUAGUGUGCAUUGUGAGCAAUCCUCGACCAUCCAUCUGCAUCGUACAGUCAACCAAAUUAAAAGCUUGGGAGCUAAAGCUGGAGUUGUCCUUAAUCCUGGCACCCCAUUGACUGCAAUCGAAUAUGUAUUAGACUCGGUUGAUCUGAUCUUGAUAAUGUCUGUGAACCCUGGGUUUGGCGGGCAGAGCUUUAUCGAAAGCCAAGUAAAGAAAAUCUCGGACUUGAGAAGAAUGUGUGUAGAGAAGGGAGUCAACCCAUGGAUUGAAGUCGAUGGUGGAGUCACUCCAAAGAAUGCGUACAAGGUUAUUGAGGCUGGAGCAAAUGCUUUAGUGGCUGGAUCAGCUGUAUUCGGAGCCAAAGAUUACGCAGAAGCUAUAAAAGGAAUCAAAACUAGCAAGAGACCAGAAACAGUGGCUGUGUGA